AUGCAGAAGCUCUCAGAACGUGUCAGACUGAUUAGUAUCCUUUUGGAUCUUUGGGUAUUUAGGAAGUUCGGCAAGCAUCUCCAAAAGCGACAGCUAGACAUACCCGAGUAUGCGGCAAGCUUCGUUAAUUAUAAAGGCCUGAAAAAGGUUGUAAUCCAACAAUCGACAAUCCGUACCCAGCAAGACUGCUUUUUUGCGAUUGCCUUACAGCUUCGAGCGUUGAUCAAACAGCUAGCCUCCAGCUCGAGAAGCAUCCGUUCAGGGACCAGCUUGCCAAUUCGAACACCGGAAGGCGAGAUCCUCAACGACCCCCAAGCUGCGCUCCACGCGAAUAAAACCACCUUUUUCUUUCGACUUGACCGUGAGAUCGAGAAAGUCAAUGCAUUCUACCUUCAGAAACAAGACGAGUUAACGGUGCGACUCCGGACGUUGAUCGAGAAGAAAGAUGCAAUUCAAUCGAGAACAGAUGCGGCUGCGAAAAGUUCGACAAUGUUAGUGACUCUACAAGAAGGAUUCCACCAAUUUGGGGUCGACUUGAAUAAGUUGCAGCAAUUCGUGGAGUUAAAUGCAACAGGCUUCUCGAAAAUAUUAAAGAAGUGGGAUAAAUCCUCCAAGUCACGAACCAAGGAGCUCUACCUUUCAAGAGCUGUCGAAGUACAACCCUGUUUCAACCGAGAUGUUAUAAGCGAAUUAUCCGAUAGGGCGACAACAGGCUUGUUGGAGCUUGAAGCUUGGGCAGAAGGCGAGAGCAUUACGUUUAACAGAGACGCUUACUCGGGCGGGAAUAGCGACGUGGAAACAGCAUACACUGAUGCGCAAGCAGAGUUAUCGCGGGCAAUCUCCUCUGGAAACGCCUCACUGCUCUCUGAAACCAUCAAGGCCGUAGAAUCCACGCCGACAGGGAGGGAAACAUUAACACGCGUAUUCUUGUCUAGUAUUGGGGAGGCAUCUAAGGAGUGUCUAGAGGCUCUAUUGGUAUCUAAUUGCGUCAAUCUCAAGGCGAAGGAUGAGAUCAAUGAGAGAAAUGCCCUUCACGAAGCGGCGAAUGCCGGAAAACUAUCAAUCACUAGGGUUCUCCUCACCGCUGGCGUGGAUGUUGGGCAAUCUGAUGCUUACGGGAGACUACCCUUGCAUUAUGCAGCGAUGCACGGCCACGUUGAUAUUCUCGAAGCCCUACUGACGGCUAACCCCAAGACACUAGAUAGCAUGGAUCUAGAUAACUUCACCCCCCUGAUUCAUGCUCUUCAUCAUCAUCAGCUAUCGAGUAUUGAGGUGUUGAUUAAACACAAGGCGCGGAUUAACCCGGCAAGUGAAAGAGAUUAUAUACCGUUGAACUUGGCUUGCCAACACGGUUUAGUCGAAAUCGCAGAAGCCUUGCUGAGGAACAGUGCUCAAAUACUCCCCGAUGCUGAGGGUCUUUACCCACAGCAUCAUGUCGCCAGACGAAGGAAUGCCUCUUCUUUAUUGGUAACACUCCAGUCCUUCGGUGCUAAUCUUAACGAGUUCGAUAAGUUGAACGGAUGGACGCCGAUGGUCCAUGCCGCAAGCGAAGGAAAUACAGAAAACCUCAGGAUUCUUCUGAAUGCGGGAGCACGCCUUGACCUUUUAGACGAGAAAAACCUCUCGGCUUUGUACUACUCUGCAUGGGAAGGGCACCUAGAGUGUAUGAAGAUCCUAUUCGAUGCAGGGGGGAUCCUCGGUGUGGACCCAAUAGAACCACCACUUAUCAGACCCUCGCCUGCAUCGACGCAGUCGAGUGCGCAUAUGAUACUAGAUGCAGAUGGCAUCCCUGACCUCGCUUUGCCGCCUCCGAUACUUCCACUUCGAAGAUAUGGGCACAAUUUCUUGGAUAAGAAGACCUUCGUUCAGCUUACAUUUGCGGAAAAGAAUUCGGAUGCUAUAUUUUUCUACCAACAAGGAAAGUACCCUGCUUCGCGGUUGACAGUAUCCUCAAAAUCUUCCGAUGUCAUCUCGAAAAACAUGCUCUUACCGCUUGCAGACGAUGCGAAGGUUGUAUCAUUCCAGAUCGAUUCGCUCGAGGCCUUCGCUAUCGAUUUUGAUAUCUUCCCCACUUUUGGCACCAAGAUGAUCGCCAGGACCGUUGCUCUGUCCCAGAUCUUUAACAAUGCAAAUAGUAGCGGUCAUUGCGUCCUACCGCUUCAUGACUCUAGAUCCCGAGUUAUUGGUCAGCUUUCUUUUGACUUCCAAAUUAUCAAACCGUUCGGAGGCACCCCUCUAGAGAUUGCCCAUUUUGCACCAUACUGGAAGGCUACAAGUCAGUUUGAUUCACGACCGUUAAUUACCGGGUCUUCCCUCUCCGGAGACUAUGUCCGACUGUUCGUCCAAGUCACUAGAGACGAAGUUCCUGUGCUAUUUCCCACAUGGACAGUUCAGUACGCUGGUAUCUCCGUUCCGAUCUGUUCCCUUAGCUUCGAGCAAUUCAAAAUUAUUGGGUCCAAUAUCAACCGACAGUCUGAGGAGAGUAUCAAGGAGAGUAUCCUUGCCUUCGCUUCGUUCGAAGACCUCUACCAAAAGUUACAGGGCUCGUUUUUGUCCCUAGGGGAGGCUCUAUCACUGCUGCCAAUCGAUAUCAACUUAAACCUUCACGUUUUAUAUCCGAACGAGAUCGAGAUCAAGGAAAAAAAUCUCUCGGCUGUUUCGGAUCCAAACAGAUACGUGGACGCGAUACUUAACACAGUUUUCCACCAUGCUAGGGAGGUUAGGGAUAAUGCAUCGGAGGCUGCCAGGUCCAUCAUGUUUUCCGCUUUUGAAGCCAGUGUCUGCACAGCCUUGAACUGGAAGCAGCCAAACUAUCCUGUAUUCUUCUGCAACGGCCUCAGCGAAAUUGAUCUCGCUUCCGCCAAUUAUUCACCUUCCGAUCCAGAACUCGUCAAGUACAGAAGCGUUUCCCCAAUGUCGACAAAAGAGGCCGUGCGUUUGGCAAAAAACAAUAAUCUUAUGGGGUUAAUAUGCUCUGCGAGGCUAUUGGAAAUGGUUCUGGCUCUAACGCACAGCGUUAAAGCUGAAGGGUUGGUCUUGAUAUCUCAGGUUAUUGGUAACGCUUCGGUUCACCCCGCAGCCCUUACAAAUUUGGUUGAUGGCGUUUUCAUAAGAGAAGGGAUACUGAGGUUUAAUGAAACAAUUGAUAUGUGA